AUGAUUGCGAAACUGUGUAUGAUAACACUGGGCUGUAGCUUUGCCCAGGCAUUGAACAAUGGACUUGCUUUAACGCCAAUUAUGGGAUGGAUGUCAUGGGAACGUUAUAGCUGCAAUUUUGACUGUCUAAAUGAUCCAGAUAAUUGUAUAAGUGAAGGCUUAUACAAGAAAAUGGCGGACCUGCUCGUGUCUGAAGGCUACAAAGACGCUGGUUACCAGUAUUUGCACAUUGACGUCUGCUGGCCUGUUGAGAAAAGAGACAGCAAUGGUAAAUUAGUUGCAGAUCCGGCCCGCUUUCCCAGUGGCAUUCAGGCUAUUGCUAAAUAUGUUCAUUCAAAGGGCCUUAAGCUGGGAAUCUAUGCAGAUUUCAGCUAUGAAACAUGCCCAGGGUACCCAGGCAGCGAGUACUACAUGGACAUGGAUGCCAAGACCUUUGCAGAAUGGGAAAUUGACAGUCUCAGGUACAACGGCUGCGAUUCAAAGCCUAAAGAAAUGCCUUAUGUGUAUCCAUUGAUGAGUCGUGCUCUAAAUAUGACAGGCAGGUCAAUAGUUUAUAUUUGUCAGUGGCCUGGCUAUUAUGGUGGAGUUGGAGUUAAGCCAGAUUAUGCUGCGUUGAGGGAAGCCUGCAAUCAAUGGAGAAAUUACCACGAGAUACAAAAUAGCUGGGAGUCUGUCGGGGAUGUCAUAGACCAUUAUGGUAACGACAAAGGCAACUUUAGUCAGUUUGCAGGCCCUGGUGGGUGGAACGACCCAGACGUGCUUGUGGUUGGCGACUAUGGUCUGAGCUACUACCAGCAGAAAGCCCAGUUUGGAAUGUGGGCCUUGUUUGCCUCUCCCUUGAUGAUGUCAUUGGACCUCCGUUCUGUGGAUCCUGCAGCCAAACAACUGCUUCUAAACAAAAACAUCAUUGCCAUCAACCAAGAUCCGCUGGGCAACCAGGCUGUUCGACUUUUCAAGGUUUCCACAUUCAUAACAGUUUGGAUCAAGAAACUUGCCAGAAAAGGAGCUUUUGCUAUUGGUGUGUUAAAUCGAGGCAGCCAGGGAACACCAUAUAAGACAUCACUGUCUGAUUUAGGUCUUAGAAACAAACACGGUUAUCAGCUUUGGGAAGCUUUUGAGAACAAAACCAUUGGGUCUUUUUCCUUGACUAAGGAGUUUGUGGUCAACAUUGAGCCUACAAGUAUUUAUAUCAUCAUUGCUAUUCCCAAAUAA